GUCUGGGGAUAAAAUAGCGCCGGGGCUGUUUACCCGCUCCAUGGGGGUUCGCUAUAAAAGGGCGCCGGGGACCGCCGCGCCAGCCAGACGCGCCCGGGCGCACCGAGCCGCUGCCUGUCCCCGCGCCGCGUCCCGCAGGGCACGGGACACAGCUCUCCGGCCAGACCCCGGGACGGACUUUCUUCCCUUUUUUCUCUUUUAUUAAUUUUUACCCUUUUUAACUUCCCCCCCCCCCCGCCAUUCACUCUCCCGUUUUUCCGUCCGCUCUCCGCCGCCUGCUAUGGAUUAUCCCCAGAUGAUCGUCUCGCUGUUCUUCGUGCUGUGCCCGGGGCUGCUGCCGGCAGCCCCCGGUGCCGAGGCGGACGCCGCGCCGCCCCCCGCAGCCGCUCACCGCCGCGCCCGGCGCUGCUCCUGCUCCUCGCUGAUGGACGAGGAGUGCGUCUACUUCUGCCACCUCGACAUCAUCUGGAUCAACACCCCCGAGAAGACUGUUCCUUAUGGUCUGGGAGGCCCUUCUCGAUCCAGAAGAUCCCUGAAGGACCUGGUGCCGGAGAUGCUCGCUGAACGUAGCAGCAGAUGCCGAUGUGCCAGCCAGAAAGACAAGAAAUGUCUGAGCUUCUGCCAGGCAGGAAAAGAUCUCUGGGCUCAGUCCACGGUGGAGAAAACCUUGCAUCACAGCAACAAAGCUGGCAAUUGCACUGGACCCAAAUGCACCAGCAGGCAGCUGGUUGACAGCAAGAAAAUGAAGCGGCUGGAAGCCAUUGGUAACAGUAUCAAAGCUUCCUUCAGCAUCGCAAAGCUGAAGGCUGAGCUCCAGAAAGGAUGGAAGCUGAAACAUAACAGGGCGAGCAAAAGACAAAGCAUCUGGGAAAGCCUGAAAGCAUCCUAGUGGGAAGAUCACUUCAAUAUUUCUCCAUCAGACUUGCUGACAAAGCAUCACCAAAACUGUCUCCCGACUUCUGACAUUCCACGACGAUGAAAGGCCUCUCGGUCCAAGUGUUUGUGCAGCAGAGCAAAACACUGAGGAGGUCCCGUAUUUGGAGGUAUAAAAGCAAAGGAUUUCGUCAUUUUGGAAUGUGUAUCAAUGGGUAGAAGGGGUGAAGGGGAAUCUGUAGAAACAUCCAAGAAAAGCCAUCUCUCUGAAGAAACAUUUGAACGUUGCUUCUGCAGUGUUACCCAUCCGUUGACCAGCUUUCAGGGUCGACACCGAAAGCAUCUUGCAAGGAAAACCUCACAGAUGUGCUUAGAAAGGGCAGAAAGCAAGAUCUGAGUGGACAAAGUUCAAAGCCAAAAAAAAACCUCUCUACCUUUUGGUUAAAAUGCAAAACAUGAAAGCCACAGUGCUACUUUAAUCAGGACUUACUGCAUAUCUACAUGUCUACCUCGCCUACUGUUUGUUGCACUCCUGCUAGAGUAUUUUUACACCUCGUUAUUGCCUUUACUAAUCAGCUGCAACCCUUUGCCUUUUUUUUUCAGAAGUCUUAGUUUACUUGUACAACCAGGAUUGUUAUCUGAAUGUGGGUUAGACACUGUGGUUGUUUGCAUAGAAAGCCCUCUGGUUUUGGAUACCAAAGGACUCUUUGACAUAAAAGUUAGAGGACACUACUCAGUUUCCCAUAACAAGGAUAUUUGCCUAACUGGAGUUCUAAUAAUAGAGGCUGUUGUGUCUUACAUGACACCAAAAAUGCACUGAAAUAGGGAUGGACCAGAGGCUGUUGUGAGAUCUUAGUGCCUUGUUUGGUGGAAACGUGUCGAGACAAAGGGUUGUUUUGAAUUAUGUCAAAAGGCUAAUAUUUGGGUGAAUGUUUAUAGCAGUGAAAUGAUUCACAUUGUUGAAUUUGCUGACAGAUUGAACCUUAUGUGCUUAUAUUUUGUGUUUUGUAUUUAUAUUCACACAAGUUCUUCAUUAUAUUUACCAUGUUGAAUAUACACUGAAGUAGGCCAUAUUGGUCUAUGCAUGUUUUAUGUAUUUCUGUAUGAAAUAGGGAAAUGCUUUAUGCCUGUCAAGGUAAAUAUCUU